CUAAACAAGAAACACUUAGAAUCCCCAAAAAUUCCCCUUGUUUUGCAUUCCUCCUCAAUGGCAGCUUCCGGGUUCGAAGGGUUCGAGAAGAGAAUCGAGCUCCGCUUCUCCGGAGUUGGUGGAAAGGGCCUCAGACAACUGGACUUUUUCACUCUGGAGAAAGUGCUACAUGCGGUGCAGUGCACCGUAGUGUCUGCCCUAGGCAACCAAUACUUGGACUCGUACGUGCUGUCGGAGUCGAGCCUCUUCGUCUACCCCACCAAGAUCAUCAUCAAGACAUGUGGGACCACCCAGCUCCUCAAAUCCGUCCGUCCGUUCGUCCACUAUGCUGCCACGAUCGGCCUCGCCCUCUGCAGCUGCAGGUACACCCGCGGCAGCUUCAUCUUCCCCGAAGCCCAGCCCCACCCCCACACCAGCUUCAAUGAAGAGGUUUCUUAUUUGGAACAAAAUCUGCCUCCAAAUCUCUCCAUCAACAAGGCUUCCAUCAUGAACGCCGCGUCCUCUCACAAGUGGCAUGUUUUCACUGCGUGCGACGCGGGGCGCCCGCGCGCAGAGGAUGAUUUCUACACGGUCGAGAUUUGCAUGACCGGGUUGGACCCGGUCCACGCGGGGAAAUUCUUCCGCCCGUCCGGUUUGGUGAAAACCGGGGACUCGGCCGGCCGGGAGAUGACGGAGGCCACGGGGAUCGACGACGUCAACGCCAGCGCGAUCGUCUGCGACUACGCGUUCGAUCCCUGCGGCUACUCCAUGAACGGGGUCCACGGGGACCGUUACUUGACGGUCCACGUGACGCCAGAGGACGGCUUCAGCUACGCCAGCUUCGAGUGCGUCUGCGCCGCCGCCGCCGGCGACGGGGAGAUUCUCGAGGCGGUGGGGAAGGUGGCGGAGAUUUUCCGGCCGUCGGAGCUGUCGGCGGCGUUGACCGGCGCCGCCGGUGAGGGGGUACGGAGGGGGCUAGCGGCGGCGGUCAGCCCGGUCGGGUUGGGAUUGACGAGCUGCGCGGCGGAUGAGUUCCCGGAUGCCGGGAACGUGGUUUUUCAGAUGUUCGGCGCUCGUCGGGAGUAGAUCCGGCGGCGGAGGUGGAAAUGCCAAUUUGUGAAAAGGAGUAAAAGUUGUGCAUGCAUAAAAUGGUGGAGAGUAAUUAGUGGGAAUGUUUUAGAAUUUAAUCAGGUGCAAGUUUUUUUUUUUUUUAAUCUUGUUUAUUUCUUUAAUUUAAUUCAUUUUCGUGGUUUUACAAUUACAUUGCUAGGAAAUUAAAUGAUUAAAUCUACGUGCAUGCCAA